AUGAAUCAACCGGCGCCGUCGAUGGGGGACAUGGAAUUCGAUAUGCUCUUCGAGGAAGACGCGAUGGAUUUCGAGCGCGAUCGCACGCCGCGUCGCGAUGAUGGCGCGACGACGGUCGGGUUCGACGUGUCGGCGGUCGUCGUUCGCACCGCUCGACUUUUGUGCACGCCCAGGGGCGAGGAGGCGUAUCGCACGCUCAAGGCGUUGAAGUGGGCGGUCCGAGAGAUUGGUUUAGACGCGUUCAAGGAUGAUUCGCGCGUUUCACACGUGCGCGAAAGUGGUUUAGAGGAGUUGAUGAUGAAGCUGCGCGAAAACGAUCCGGUGAAGUUUGGUCGACUCGAGCGGGCGACGAGCGAGACGCCGCGCGAAGGUGACGUCAGCGACGCCUUGAAAAAGCUCAAUCACUCGUUCCUUUGGUUACCGCCGAGCGUGCUUAUUGGCGAUAGCGAUGCACACGCUCUAGCGUACGCGUCUGCGGACGAGCGCAUCAUCAUCGAGCCCAACUUGCGCUCGCACUUUGUCGUCGGCCGGGCCACCGCGCAGUACGCGCGCCUCGUGGAGUCCAUGCCCACAGCCUUCGUCGGCACGUACGCGCAGCUGAGCGAAAUUGUCUUCUUCAUGUCGACGCACAUGAUCAACUCUUUCCGCGAGAGUGGUUUGGACAUUCCGCCUUGGCGGCGUCCGAGCGCAUUGACGA